AUGGGGCAGUCGGAGGCACUGUUGGUCUUUGAUGGGUGUGAUCCCUCCAACUGGUCAUGGUCGCUGACCGUGCCCCCAUUGCUGGGACCAGAGCUGGCUGACCAAUGGCUGGGCCCUGGGGGGCGCAUGGGGCCAAGCGCCACCAGUUGUUGGGCAGACAUGGGGCCCCCACAGCUGCUGCUACUGCUGAGGAAAGGAGCAGUGGCUGAGGACGAGGGUGCCCCAAGCACAGCCAUGCCAUGCAAGGACCUGGAUGGAGGCAGCUCUGCAGUGAGCACACGGCUGAGUGGGGAUGGAAGUGGAGCUGGAGGCUGUGCUUGGGGAUGGGAGGGCGGCCGUGCUCAGUUGGUCUACAAAUGCAGCCAUCUUUCUGCAUGGAUUUUUUUUCUGUUUCAGAAGGAAGAUGUCAUUAAUGCAGAAAGGGACGAAAGACUGUCUCUUCGGAAGCAUCGCUUCAUGCAUUUUGCAUCAUUGGAAUAUGAAGGAGAAUAUUACAUGACACCAAGAGAUUUCUUGUUCUCAGUAAUGUUUGAUCAAGUUGAACGUAAAGCCUCAGCCAAGAAACUGACAAAAAAGGAGGUAGACGCUGCACUGCUGUGUGUUGCCAAAGCUAAACCAGGACCGACCUUUUUUAGAGAGCUCGGUGAUAAAGGGUUGAUAUCUUACGCAGAGUACCUGUUUUUGCUGACUAUCCUUACGAAACCCCAGACUGGAUUUCAAAUUGCCUUUAAAAUGUUGGAUACAGAUGGCAAUGAACGAGUUGAAAAGAAAGAAUUCUUUAAGCUACAGAGAAUCAUUGGGAAGGAAGAUGAUGUGAAAACAGCUGGAGACGAUACAGUAUUUCGGGUAGCAGAACUGGAAAGCUGUGGUGUUAAUACCAUGUUGCUGGUACAUUUCUUUGGAAAAGAAGGAAAGGAAAAACUUCGCUAUUCUGAGUUUUUCAGAUUCAUGGAAAAUCUGCAAACAGAAGUCCAAGAAAUGGAAUUCAUAAAGUUUUCGAAGGGUUUGAAUGUCAUGAGAAAAGAAGACUUUGCAGAAUGGUUACUGUAUUUCACCGAUGAGGAAAACAAUGAAAUUUACUGGCAGAAUGUGAAAGACAGAAUUGAGGCCGGAGAGAAUAUCGGUUUGGAAGAAUUCAAGACUUUUUGCAAGUUUACAAACAACCUGGAAGAUUUUUCUAUUGCCAUGCAGAUGUUUACUGUAGCCAAUCGUCCUGUUAAACGGGCUGAGUUCAAGAGAGCAGUGAAGGUGGCAACAGGACAGGAGCUCUCAGAUAAUGUUUUGGAUACCAUCUUCAAGAUUUUUGAUCUAGAUGGAGAUGACUGCCUCAGCCACGGCGAGUUUCUUGGAGUCCUGAGGAACCGAAUUCAUCGAGGUUUGAGGGUACCGCAACAGCAAGGCAUUCAAGGUUACUGGAAGUGUGUGAAAAGAGAAAGCAUUAAAGGAGCCAAAGAAGUGUGGAAACAAGCUGGGAAGAGUCCUUUUUAA